AUGCAACAAAUUCAAACAACAAACCAAAAAACCAAAAACAACUCAACAAAACAAAAAAUAUCAGUCAUGAAGUUCACUCAAAUUUUCUCCUUCCUCUUCUUCUUCACUUUGUUGAGCGCAAUGACCAUGGCUCAUGAUUACGAUUACGGUUACUACAAAUAUGUUACCAAGACGGCAUACAAGACAAUUACCGUAACAAAAACCGUUGACCCUAAAUACUACUAUCACUACUAA